AUGUCAGUUGAUGAAUUAAAAAACACAAUUUCAAAAUUACAUGAAAGAAUUCAACAAUUGGAAAGAAAAGUAGGUAUUCCAGUAGAAAAUCCUUUUGCAAAACAAUUAAGAUUAGUUCUUAUUGGAGCACCUGGUUCCGGUAAGGGAACACAAUCAGUAGAUUUAAAAGAUAAAUUUUGUGCAUGUCAUUUAGCUACUGGUGAUAUGUUAAGAUCACAAGUUAAACAAGGUACACCAUUAGGUUUAGAAGCUAAAAAAAUUAUGGAUCAAGGUGGAUUAGUUAAUGAUGAAAUUAUGGUAAAUAUGAUUAAAUCAGAAUUAGAAAAUAAUAAAUCAUGUUCAAAAGGUUUUAUAUUAGAUGGUUUCCCAAGAACUAUUCCACAAGCUGAAAAAUUAGAUUCUAUGUUAAAAGAUAGAAAAACUCCUUUAGAAAGUGCAAUUGAAUUAAAAAUUGAUGAUGAAUUAUUAGUUGCUAGAAUUACUGGUAGAUUAGUUCAUCCAGCAAGUGGUAGAUCAUAUCAUAAAAUUUUUAAUCCACCUAAAAAGGAAAUGAUUGAUGAUGUUACUGGUGAACCAUUAAUUCAAAGAUCAGAUGAUAAUGAAGCUGCUUUGAAAAAAAGAUUAGUUACUUAUCAUUCACAAACUGAACCAAUUGUUGAAUAUUAUCAAAAAACAGGUAUUUGGAAAGGUGUUGAUGCUUCUCAAAAACCAAGUAAAGUUUGGAAUGAUAUUUUAAAAUGUUUAGGUCAAUAA